AUGGGAUUUUUGAGUGGUGUGCUUGGUGCGGUGAAGGAUGAGAAUGAAGUGACAACUUAUGACAAACAUCUUGAUAAGAGACUAGAAACAGUACUAGAAGAGGUAAAUAAAAAAAUUGGCUCCGGGCGUACUGGGCUUGUGGAUGCUGUCGGCGCGGUGAAGGGGUGGUUGGAGGGGUAUGAGAGGGAGGUAGGCAAGAAGACAAAAGCAGUGACAGACAAAUUAGGUGAGUUGAGUAGUGGUCUUAAUUCUGUUGCAGGUACAUAUUAUCAAGAGGUGAUGAAGCAAGAAAAUGCUCCACUUGCCACUCAACUGGAGGCCUGGAAGAUUAUGCUUCGUAACCUAAAAAAAGAGGUUACGAAAAUUAAAUAUAACCACGUUAAUGAAUUAGACAGCGCACUACAUGACAGAUUGAAUAAUGAAAUUGAACCUAUAAUAAAGGUGAUCGAUCAAUUGAAAAAAGUUGGCGAUAAUAAGGAAUACGAGACACAGGUUGCAGCUGUUGAUCACGAGUUGGUGGAGCAAAAAGUGUAUGUCUGUGGCCAAAUUGAUAAUAAAUCAGAGGAACUUAAAAGGGCGUUGGAUAAAAAACUUAAUGAGGUUUACACGUAUAUAUUGAAUCUCGAUGAUGUGGAGGUUUCCCAGUUUACGACUGUCAAAUCUGAUGUCAAAAUAGCUAAAAGAAGUGUUGAUAUGUUGGUUGGUGGGUCAGAUCAAGGUUUUGAUGAAAAGUAUAAAAAAGUUAUUCUGCAGAAUUUUGAUGUCAUAAGGGAGAAAUUGCAGGAUCUUGACAAAGAAAAGAACACGAAAGGUGGUAAGACGAAUUCCACGAUACAUGACGACGUUGAGAACAUCAGGUCCAACAUUGAGGUACAGGUUAGAGCAGCGCAGCAGGAAGUUUCUAAUCUAGAGGAGGCCGUUCAGGCUACGGCUAGAGAGGCGUACAAUAAAGUCUGUGCAUUGGUCGGCGAAGCGACAGCGGCGCUUGGGAAUCUAGGAACGGAAGUGGACAAAGGUUUGAAUAAAUUAAAGGCUGAGAUCGAUCGUCCAAUUGAGGAAGUCAUUAAUAAGCUUAAGGAUGGCAUUGGAAGCGCUAGUAACGCCCAAAGUGCCAAUGUGGUCAUUCAAGAGUUCAAUACUGCUCUGGAUAAAGAGGUUACUCGAAACUUGCACGCAUGGUCUGAUACGGCGAUGCGCACUGGUGGACUUUUUAAUGCCAUAAAGAAGUUGGAGUGGGAUACAAGGCUUUUCGGUUACUUCAAGGAUGUAUUAAAGCAGCUUGGUGAAAAACAAAACGAUAAAGGCACAUUUUACGAAGAGCUUGUCGGUGAUCUCAAACAAAAAAUGCAUAACGCUAUCGAGGCAGUGAAAUCGACGAAAGGCAAAAAAUUCAGCGAUGUUUUUCAGGAACUCACCACGCAGAUCAAGAACGGUGGCAUUUCAAACGAAACAGUAUAUAAGAAAAUCGACGGGAUUAAAACAUCAAAAGAAAUUGAAGAUAUCAAGGACAUGAGUGUAAACAAAGCGGGCCUUCAAAAUGCUAUAGAUCUGUUCAAGAAGGAUGCUGAUAACGGUGGUACAAAAUCAAAGGUCAAAGAAGCUAUAGACCAUGUGCUUCUCAAAGUUAGAACUAUGCAAGAGGUGCCAGGGGAAGUGACUAAACUGCGCACGGAGACGGAGACAUUGUUACAACAGUUGAAGGCGGAGCUCGAUAAGCUUCAAAGGAAAAUCGAAAAUGUGGAAAGAGAUGUCAAUAAAGCUGCAGCGGAAAUACAGAAGGCCAUACGUGCCGUUCAUGUAUCGGUCAUCGAUGCUCAUCAAAUGGCUGAGCGCGCCAUCAGAGCGCUUGCUAAUGAUCUUACCCAGGAAGUGAAGGAUGCGUUUUCCAUUAUAACCUCCGAAGUCCAAAAUUUGUUUGCCAACGAACGACAUGCAGACCUGAAUGCUUUAAAAGAAUUGGUUGAGGAGCGAGCAGUUAGUAUGGAAAAAAUAAUGAAGAAAGAUUUCGACAACGGAAUAAAAGGUUUACUUAAAAAAAUGAAUAGUAACUUAGGCGAAAUUAGAAUUAAAGAACGGUUGAACUCCAUGUUUACCGAUAUUAACGCUGUUAUAACUGGGCUAAUAACUUACAUUAUGAUUCAGAUCCACAGGCUGUCUCCGCAGCAUACUCAGCUCGAGAAUAUCAAAAAGGCCUUCAGCAAACUUUUCGAACAUCUUUCGUAUGCCACGUAUGCUCACUAUGACCAUAUUGCUGCCGCAAAACAUGAGAAGCUAAAAGAAGAAAUCGUCGCCUUUUCAUCCAAGCAGUUCGCCGCCCCUCAAAAUCCCCAAUUACUUGACACAGUAAAGACCGGUCUUACGGCUCUCGUAAAUGAGCUUGACAACGCGUACAUAAACAAGUACGAGGGGUAUCCUGCGAUGAAGUGGGUUGACACGAAGGAGAAUAAAGAGACAUUAACCGCCGACGCUCAGUGCUGCGCCAAGGUUUUUGUUACCAUGCUCGGAAUGAUUUUUGAGGAUAUGAGUACGUUAAAGGCAGAAUGUGACAGACGUUUCUCCAAAAGUACAAUCAGUCUCUCUUCCGAUCUGGGAUGUUUAUUCAAGCGCUACGGUUACGUCGUAGCCAAGGACUCUAAGUCACAAGACGGUGAGCUGAGGCGUAGUGACGAGAUGAAUGGUACGGCAGUUCGAGUGAAAAUCGUUGGCAAUUAUCCGUGUGUUUUUAAUUCCUCUGCUGACACUAAACACGCAAUCAACAGUCUCUUCGAUUGCUUAGAAACCUAUAAUCAGGUAUGUCACCUGUCCACUUUCAAUGCAAGGAGGCAGCCGUGCUCCGUGUACGAGAUGCUUGUUUGGUUCGCGGGUUUGCCGUACAACAACGUGUAUGCCGUGUUACUAUCUGACGGUUUGACUAGCGUCCUGACGAAGCCCAAGCGGAAACCGAUAGAGACGGGUGAUGCUGACUUCGAAGUGGAGUUCGACGACCUGAAAGCCUACUACGCCGAUACCUAUCCUAAUAGGGUAACACAUGGCGACAUUAAUGCAGCGUUGGACCAUAUCUGCUCAACUUCAUACGACGUGUUGGCCACUAUUGCUGGUCACGGUGACGAAUUCACAACGUACGCAGCUGACUUCUGUACUAACUCACUUAAGCUAAAGUAUCCAGCGUCAGGGGAGGAAUGCUUGUAUACCAUCGUUGAUAUCCUACGUAGGAUGUUACCGCAGCUCCAAUAUCUGUUCAGCCGAUGCAAGCUAAGCGCUAUGCACGGUGGCUGGUCGCAAUGCCUUUACGGCAAGGACGUCACGACAACCAAAUGGCCAUGUAACAACCACUCAACCGACAAACCUAGCACAAAAGCAAAUUGUCAACCAACGUCGCCACUAAUGAGCUACAUAAGCGACUCACUUCCCGGUCACCAGCCUCACCAAUUGAGUUCCAUUGGAUGCAAAUAUGACUGCGCCAACUGUCCGUCCGCUUCCAAAAAAGGUAUGCCCUGCUUAACUCCACUUGGAUUCAGGGGUUUCUCUGGGUCCACGCGCAGAGGUGAGGAUAUAUGUGAAAUUUUGGAAAAACUUUUCUCAAACUUCUAUUUGUCGUCUCUAUUCUGCCUAGCUCCAAAAACGCCGGCAUCAUUGCCCGAACACUACGGUUUCGUAUUAUCGUUGGUUGAUGGUUGGCACAGUACGAAAACUUCACGCAAAGGCCUCAUUAUGGAAUCCAUUGAAGAAGCCAUCAAGAAGCAAUCCAUUGAACUAUAUGACGACACAAGCAAGCUGACAAAUGCUCUCGCAAAUGCGUAUGGCAGCAGCCAGACUAUUCAUCAAGAUAAAAACCACCUAGGUCCACUUGUUGACCUGUCAAGUCUGUCGAUGAAUACCGUAUGCCGGAAGAAAGAUGAGAAACUUCAAUGUGCACCUUACCUCACAUCACUGUGCGUAGAUGCGUAUAUUUAUUCAACCCAGAAACAAUCCAACACCUACCUCUCCUGGGCCAUCUACCUCCCGUGGUCAUUCUGGGACCUACUCAACAAUCUCUACAAUUCCUUCUGCUCCAUCAACUGCCAGGACUGGGGCUGCCGUGGGUGUCUGAGGGGAGAUAAGUGUAAGAAGGGGGAGCAUGGAUCGGUCAACGACAAGACCAAGCAAUCGAAUUGCCAAUGCCCUUCUAUCGUCGACUGCAAAGGCGUCGCACCAACGCUCUACCAGUAUGGCUUCGUCUUUGGUGAGGCGUCGACGUUGAAUAGUGAAUCGCCAAAGAAGUGCUCUGAUUUCUGUAGUCAGUUGAAGAAAGUUCUCAAUUCAGAAUAUUUCAAGAAGCUGUUCGAAGAAUGUGACAACUUCUUAUGGAUCAUCAGACAACCCUUCUCCUACCUUGUCCUUUCCCUCUGGCUCCUCUCUCUGUUGUACCUCCUCCACAUCAUGGUCAUCCGCCUCGACCUGCUCCACAUCAAAUCGCAUCUGCAUAGUCCCUCGAGUCAUCGCAUUGCUGCUCAAUCACUACUCGCUGCUGCACGUGUUAACAAGCUUAACAGGGUGUUUUAUCUACAACCUUAA